CGUGGGCAGCGCUUGACAGGAGCGCCCUCCUGGAGGACGCUGCUGCCUGCGUGAGCUCGGAUCCCUCAGGUGGGAACAGUGGACCCAGCAGUAGGAGCCAUAGCACUACAGAUGGGUCAGACAGGGUGUCUCAGUCUUUCUUCCAUUUGAGGAGGCAUUCGAACCUGGCGGUGCCUCAAUAAAUGCUCCUGGAGGCUGAAGUGGCCUACUGCCCCUCACCUGGCAUGCAGCAUGGCCACCCCUGGUUUAUAUGAGAAACAGGAGAAGUCAGAGCCAACCAGCAAGAACAAAACAGAAGAAAACCAUUGGCUACAAGACCAGACAUCAGAACAUGUCCACUGUCAUAGGAGGUCGACAAAGUUGAAAUAGCUUUGUAAUGUAACUGUCUUCUUUCUUUUUUCAAAGAACAUGGACGCCCAACUUCAAAAGACCACCCAGAAUUUGACCACUGCAGCUGAUAUGAGGGUCACCACCCAGAUGUUGAUGCAGCCCAGUGCAAACUGGGAGGGUUACCUAACUCCUGCUCCUCUCUCCAUCGCCAUCAUGGGGGAGCUGGUCUUCAUCUCAUCAACCACUGAUUUCUCCAUCAACAAGAAUCCCCCAAAAAAAGGAUUCAAGUACAUAAAGUACCCAGACUCCUUUAGGGCUAGUCUCAUGCAAAUCUGUAACUCAGGCUGGCACGCUUUCAACUUAGCCCACAAGAACAUGGAUCAAAUCCGCAUUCAUACUUUCACUGUUCCAGAUUAUAUGAAAGCAGUAGUCAAGAUUCUGUUUCAAGGAAAUGAUGAAAUCGUUGAAACUCUCCUUCCAAACCAGCUGGAAAACAUCCGCAGCAUUUCAGACGAAUGUGUGAAGCUAGCAGAGAGCGUUGAAAAGAAGUAUGAAUAUGUUAUUAAAAUAAUUCAGGAGCUGCUGGAAGCCUGUAUCAAUGCUAACCAUGUUUAUGGAGAAGAGCUGGAGAACGUCAGGAUGAAACUUGAGGAGAAUAAAUUGAAGGAGCAGACUUCAAAGGAGCUAAAUGAACGAUCCAAGAAAGCAAUGGAGGCCAUGUCAAAGGAGCUGGAAGAAACACAAGAACAGUACAAAAAGGCCAUGGAUUCCAUCCCAUCAGGAUGGGAGACGAUUGGCAUGGAUUUAGUUGAAGGAAUGACAUCCGUUCUGAAAGUAUUCAGUUCAGGAGCAGCUUUUUGUAAGGGUCUCAUUAAAAAUCCCUUUGGUUCUGAGAUUAAUCUUUUAGACAAAGGUGAGGAUGUCGACAUGAUUGCAGAAAUGAAAAUAUGCAGCAG